GUUCUGUUGCGGUGGUAAGAACAUAUAAGGGAGUGCUUUCAUUGUUCGGACUUCAGUCACUAUACAACACUCGCGUUAGAAUCGUUCUUCUCGAGAAGUCGCUAGUUGAACCAUACCGCAACUCUGCAUUUGCUGGGUGGAUUUGGAUAAGAAGCAGAAAAAUUAUCUGACAUAAAAAACUAUUGCUGAUUGGAAAUCGUCGGGUAGAAACGGAACGGCGACAAUCUCAAGUGUGAGUGGUUCUGUUUUAAGUGGACUAGAAUCUUUAUGUUUUCGUUAUUGCGGAGACACUUUUCGUAAUAGACAAAUGAAUGAUCGGUGGACGGAGGAGGAGAACCAUGUGUCGAUGAAGUGUUUGUUUACAAAACAAGAUCUCGAAUGGUGCAGCGCAUAGACGAGAUAGUGUAGCUUGGUAGAGAAGCAAGUUUUGUGUUAAGUGCCUUUCUCUAAUUUAUGACAAACAUUCGGAGUAACAGUUGGAUUACAACGAGCCGAGUACGAAAAAUAAAUGUUUGUGAGUCGAAGCUGAAAAGACCUGUUGUUUUAAAAAUAAUCGAAAAAAAUGAAACUACUAGUGGUGAGUGCACUGCUGGCCCUAGUGCCGGCAAUUUGGGGCGUUUCGUACUGCCCUAGCAGCUGCACGUGCGAUGACGAGAAGCUGCAUGUCACCUGCGGUGAGGGCGAACUGGACGUCCUGCCGAUUGCGUUGAACCCAUCAAUUCGCCGGCUGGUCAUUAAAUUUCACCGGAUUCGCUCCAUUGAUUCGUCCAUUCAGUUUUACACCGAGCUGACCAUGCUGGACCUGAGCUAUAAUCACUUGUUGAGCAUCCCGCAGCAGAUCUUUAUGUAUCAGAAAAAGUUGCUCCAGCUGCAUCUGAACAAUAACAAGAUUGGAGCGUUGAACAACAAAACUUUCACCGGGUUGACCGAGCUACGAGUGCUGAAUCUACGGGGGAACUUUAUCGAUCAGGUCACCAGUGAAAUGUUCAGUACAUUGCCAAAGCUAGAAGAAUUGAAUCUCGGGGGUAAUAGAAUUGGUUCGUUGGAUGCUACGGCGUUUGAAGGGCUGUCCGAGCUGCGGAUUCUGUAUCUGGAUGAUAACGCUAUCAAAACGAUUCCAACUCUUUCGCUUGCUCCGCUGAAGACGCUUGCCGAGUUGUACAUGGGAACUAACUCUUUGUACAAGAUUCAGCCCGGUGCCUUCGAAGGACUACAUGCCCUGAAGCGAUUGGACAUUCAUGGUUCAAUGUUGGUCAAUAUCACCGUUGACACGUUCCGGGGUUUGGAGAAUAUCCGAUCGUUGGAUUUAUCCGAUAACCAUUUGCUGAAGGUACCGACUGUGCAGUUGAGUGGACUCAAACGUUUGGAGGAGCUGGCCAUAGGCCAGAAUGAUUUCGAAUCUGUUCCCGAGGGAGCAUUUUUCGGAUUAACCAAUUUGAAAAGCAUCGACAUCUCCGGAGCUCUGAAUCUAAAACGCAUCCAGUCGGGAGCAUUUUCUUCCAAUCCAAACCUGGAAACGGUGAUUAUCGCUUCGAACAAGGAACUGCACGAAAUUGACGAAGGAGCCUUCUCGGGGUUGCCACAUAUCAGAAAAGCUAUUUUACGAGACAACAAAAUCACAACCUUCAGAGAAGAAUUGCUCCCGUGGACACACUUGGUCGAUUUCGAUCUGUCGGAAAAUCCGCUAACCUGCGACUGCCAGAUGCUGUGGUUGCGGAAUCUCCUGCACAGGAAAAACAUCGAAACCGAAGACUCUCAGAUUGUUUGCGUUUAUCCCGAGCGGCUACACGAUGAGCCACUGCGUGAGAUAUCCCCGGAAAUAUUGGGCUGCCAGCAUCUACAAUCCAAGGAACGAGCAAUAUUCGGAGCGAUCAUAGUAGCCUCAGCUGCCACGGUAACUACCUUCGUACUGAUUGUGUACCGUUUGCGGCAUCGCAUUCUGGACAUUUUCCGGCGCCACUGGCGCACUACCAAGCGGGACACCCUGCAGGAGGAGAAAGACAUGGAAAUUCAAAAGUCCCUUGGUGGCGAAGUCGAUUUUCAUCAGCCUCACUGCAACAUCUACACAUACAACUACCAUCCGGUUUUCAGGAACCACCAGCAGCAUUCGGCGUCUCUGUACGGCGGUCAGUAUACGCUGCCGUUUCCGCCCUACCAACCCCAUGGAAGGUUCCAGCUGCAGCAGCAGCCCCUUCCACAAACUCCGGGUCCGGUGUCUACGACGUUGGAUCAUCCGGCGACGGGCGCCAGUUCGCUGGGUGCUGCUCAACCACAGAGCUCAACCAUCUACUCGCCCCAGUACGCUCAUCACAUAUACGAAGUUCCGAAGGACGCCUCGGACACUUAGACACACAGGUAGAUUCGGGUAUCAUCACCUCUAAGGCAUCUCAUUGUUCAUAAGUUCAUACGUUUUUUUUUGAAACUCACACACACACGCACAUCCUUAAUUGUUAUUCAAGUGUAGGCUUAGUAAGAUGUAUAAAUUAUUAUAAAGGAAAAAAAAACUGAAUAAUAUAUUAGACGAGUAUCAGACGGAUAGAGAGAGGGAGAGGAAUAGUUAGUUAUGGGAUUGGGGUUUUUCGAAUGGAAAUGUGGAGCAAAAUAAGUCAUAUCGAGAUUUUUUUGCAAAUAUUUCAAAUCACGUUUACUUAACACAGUUGUAAAAAAUAAUUCUAGUCAAUUUGAAGAGAUCUAAACGGAGAUAUAUCAAAGACUGUCCUUCCCGCCUUGCCGUCAUUUGCGGGAGGCACUGGGUUCGGGGAAGCACAUCACGCUAGGAUACUACUUAAGUGGAAACUAUGUUUUUCGGUGGUCUAAUAGAGUUUAAAUUCCGUGUUUCUAAGCUUAGUUUAUUUUUACUACGUGGACCUCAAAAUCAUCAAUUUCGGAAGAUGAAGGAAAUCGUUUUAGGAUUUUUUCAUUUCCUGUUGUGUAAAUAAACACUUUACGUUUCUUUAUUGUAAAUAGGCGAUGGCAAGGGAGGGGACAAACAUUGUCCCCGCAGAUCAGCAAUUAGAAAGUAACAUCAACACUCACACAAACAGAAAGCUAGUUAUGUAUUUUUAUUACACUUUUUAUAAGAACCCUACCGAGAGGAAGCAAACAAAAAAAACACUCAGAAAGUGGUAAGGAAUAAUAAAGAUUCAACGAAAAUAAAAAAGACAUUGAGAUACAAAACAAAAAACUGUUACAGAAGAAAAUAAUAA